UUGCAGACAUCAAAGCCAUUGUCACAGGGAAGGAUUGUCCACAUAUGAAGGAGAAGAGUGCGUUGAAACAGAACAAGGAAGUGUUAGAAUUGGCCUUCUCGAUAUUGUACGAUCCUGAUGAGACCUUGAACUUCAUUGCACCUAAUAAAUAUGAGUACUGUAUCUGGAUUGAUGGGCUUAACGCGCUCUUGGGGAAGGACAUGUCCAGUGAGCUGACCAAGAGUGACCUGGACACAUUGCUGAGCAUGGAGAUGAAACUGAGACUUCUGGACUUGGAGAACAUCCAGAUCCCUGAAGCGCCACCCCCUAUCCCUAAGGAGCCGAGCAGCUAUGACUUUGUGUACCACUACGGCUGAUGCGGGCUCAGCGCUGUGUC